UUUAGCUGUGCUCGUAUUCUUUAAAAAUGUUGUCACACCCGUAUCAAUUCCUCAAAAAAUACACAGCUCAGAGAAUCUGCGACAUACACCUGACAAUGUAUUUUUUUAAGUCCGAGCAAUAUAGAUUUUUAGUCGACAAAUAAUUUUAUAGGUAGUGCUUGUAUCAGCUAGACUACAACGUGCUUCCUGAAAACGAAGAUGAUGAACGAGAACCACCAAUGGUUCCAACACACCUGCACCAUACCGUAUUAAACCAUCACCGUCUGACUAGAGAUCAAUCUGCAGAGCUGCCAUCACCACAACACGUGGUUCUAAACCAUCUCUACCUCGAGAACAGACAAGUUCCAGGAUCAGUCAUCGCAGUUGGUGCAACACAUCGCUUUCGCUCAAAGAAUGUUACUGUAGUGCUUUACAAACCAGUUCAAAGGAGAGGAGGAAGUACCAACAAUGCUUGAUUGUUUGUUCUGAUGGUGAAACAAUAGAGAUAGAGGUAAAUACACAGACAGCAACCGAGCAACGAGGGAGAACAUAGGAAUUAUUAGAAUCACGAUCGAACAUGAACAAUCUAAGUUAGAUCAUGGUUGGUUUCGAAAAAUUUACUGGUAGAAUGGAAAAAAAACUAGUUAUGUGUCUGAUGUUAGUUUGGAUGUAGCAGUUAUCUUAUGGUUGUGCUUUGGAUUGAGAAAAAUUAGGGGAAAAGCUGACUGAUUUGGGUUUCUUUUAAAUGUUAGAAUUAGGUUUGGAUGGGGCGGGCGGGUUGUUAGGUUUGUAUUAUUAAUGGGUUGAGUUAUUGGGUUUGGGUGGGUUAGGUUUUGGCGGGUCGGAUUUUUAAUUAGUUUAAUUAAUUACUAUUUGACUAAUUAAAAGAUGCCACAUUAUUAAUAAAUAAGGGAUAAUUUAACCUGUUAAAUAAAAAAGCAAUUUAGGCCCUAUAGGUAGAUUGAGAGGUAAUUUCAAAUCCAAUAAGUAAACAGAGGGCAUUUUUACGCUAUUUUAGAUAGUUGAAGGACAUUUUAAGUCCUUUUUCGUAUAAUUUAUUACAUAUAUAUAUAUAAGUUGAAUAAUAAAUUUACUAGAAAAGCAAGUUACAUAGCCAAAAAACAGAUGGGAUUUACAAUGGAAGGUGUUAGAUCUAGCUGAUAGUGAUUGUACAAGGGGUUUGCAGGGUUGCACUGUGGAACCAAUUGGAGUUGAGUUUUAAUUGUUGCAAUUGAGCCCACUUAGUUAGUUAGCUUUACAAUUUGAACUACUUUUUAUUCCAUUUUAGUCCCUAGUAUAUUUGAGUUUUUAUUCCAAAUCAAAUGAAAAUAUAUUACGAGUUAGCCCUAGUUUGUUCAUCUCUUUAGCUUAGCUUACGGUAGGUUUAUCGAACGAAAGCGUCGUCGUUUAUUCGAGAAAAGCCUCAAAUUCUUAACAUUGUUCCGAUUCGACAGUAAAGGUGAAACCCUAAUUGAAGUAGAUCCUAUUUAUUCAAAGUUGUGCUUCUUGUUUACAGAUUCCUUGUACAAUCUCUUGAUGGGAAGCAAAGGUCGAGGGCCACCUCCCAACCUUAGGCAUCCACCUCCUGGCCCAGGCAUGGUGUAUCAUGAUGCUUUUGGUCCUCCUAUGCGCAACCCGCCGCCAGGUGAUUUCCCUCCUUUUGACAGGCUACCUACUCCAGAGGUUUUGGAACAGAAGAUUGGCGCACAGCAUCUUGAGAUGCAAAAACUUACUACAGAAAAUCAGAGGCUUACUGCCACCCAUGUAACUUUGAGGCGAGAAUUAGCUGCUGCACAACAUGAGCUGCAAAUGUUGCAUGUUCAGAUAGAUGCAGUCAAGGCCAACAGGGAACAAGAGACUAAAGGCCUUAACGAUAAAAUUUCUAGGAUAGAGGCUGAAUUUCAAGCUAUUGAACCUAUCAAAAUAGAAUUGCCGCAAGCACAAGGUGAAGCUCACAGUCUGUUUGCAGCGAGGCAGGAACUUCUUGCUAAAAUGCAACUGCUGACUCAGGAUCUUCAAAGGGCUCACACUGAUGUGCAACAGAUUCCUCUUUUGCUGGCUGAGCUGGAGAGCCUAAAAAAGGAGUAUCAGCAGUGCCGGACUACCUAUGAGUACGAGAGCAAAUUGUACAGUGAUCAUCUUGAAUCUCUUCAAGUGAUGGAGAAGAACUACAUGACUAUGUCCAGAGAGGUGGAAAAACUUAGGGCAGAGUUAGCAAAUACUUCUAACUCUGACAGACAAACAGGUGCGCCAUAUGGUUCAGCUGGAUACAAUGAGAAUGAUGCCACUAAUAAUUAUGCUAUUGGACAAAACAUCUAUGCAGAUGGUUAUUAUCAGGGCAGAGGCUCCCUGCCAACAGGGACUAAUGUUGGAGGAGUUCCUGCAGUUACAUCUCCACAAGUUGGAGCUCAAUCUGUGCCCCCGUCAAACAGGCCUCCUUAUGAUGGACAUGGGGGACAAAGGGGAUCAGGCGUUCCUGGUUAUGACACACAAAGAGGAUCCGGAUUAGCAGCUUAUGAAGCUCAGAGGGGGCAUGGAUAUGAUACAAUGAGGGGAACUGGGUAUGAUGCUCAGAGGGCAGUAGGUUAUGAAGCUUACAGAGGACCUGGCUAUGAUGGAUAUGGGGCACCUGUUUAUCAUGCUCAGAGAGGAUCUGGCUAUGACGCAUCAUCCAAAGGUGGUGCUGCAACUCAAGGACAGGUAGCACCUACAGGAAAUCCUCAUCGGCCGUCUACCUCACCUGGUCUUGUUGGUCCUGGAUAUGAUGCAUCAAAACAAGGUGGAAAUCCAGCACGCAGAUGAUUUCAGCUCCAUUUUUGUGUUAUUUCUUGUGGAAUAUUAUUAUCUCGAGCAUUCGCUUCAGUUUCACUAUUAGAAGUCUCCUUAAAAAUCUAUUCACUGCAUGGACUUGAGGCUGGUUAAUGUUAAAGAAGGAAAUCUUGCUUUGUUGA